ACAUCAGGUAUUAUUAUUAUUAAUAUUAUCAUGAAUUCAUGAUUCAUUGUUAUCGCCGAUUUUCGUAAUAUGUUUUAGAGAAACGUUUUAUAAUUUCAAUUAUAAUGAAAUGUAUGAUUCAAUUAAUGCACCAAACGCGAAUGGUGCCCUUGAUCGGCCUAUACGCUUUUCCGACGUCGUUUCGUUUAAAUCCGAUGUUCUAUGCGUUUAUUCAAAAGUGAUUAUCAUAACAUUAGUAUCUUCGAAUUGUAAUAAUAAUUAUCAUAAAAUGAAAAGAAAAUAGAAUGGUCAAUGUUCACAUUGCAAGAUUGAUUAGUCAGAGUUAGUUUUUCACAUUAAUUGUUAGGAACACUUUUACAACAAUCACGCCUGUGCACUUCUAGUACUUUUUGUUUCCGUCCACAUGAGUAGCAGUGAUGUCCACGGAAGAAAAGUUUUUGGCUGCCAUAAACGUCAUUAGGAGUUUACCAAAAAAUGAUAUAGUGCAGCGGCCACGUCAAUAAGUUAUGUGCAUGAAAUCUAGAAUUUAUCGAUUUCCCAACGGCCCAAUUCGUCUCUGGUUGUAUACAAAUUUGACCAUAGUGAUGGGGUUCCAAAAAUUAAAAUUAAGGGCUCCGAAGAAUUGGCCUACUCAAAAAUAAAUCUAACAUAGUAUCCCUUUAAAAUGUACAUACCAACCAUCCAAGGAUCUCCUACUUCGUUUUUAUGCAUAUUUCAAGCAAGCAACAAUAGGACCAAACAAUCAGCCCAAACCUAGUUUUUGGGAUGUUGUUAAUCGAGCAAAAUGGCAAGCUUGGUAUAAUUUAGGAGACAUGUCUAAAGAGAAUGCAAUGCAAAAAUAUGUCGAUGAGUUAAAAAAGAUUGUAGAAACUAUGGCUUAUACAAAUCCUGUGGCCGAUUUUGUGUCUAGUUUGGAUUCGUUUUAUGAAUCAGUUUCCAUUGAUGACUUAGAAAUGGUGGUUGGUCCAAUUGAACGAGGCAAUUUAAUAGAACGAAAUAGUUGCAGCAUAGUUUCAUCAGUAAAUGAACAUCAAGAUAUAGCAGACACAGAAAUAGAUGAAGAAUGUUUUCACGAUGUAUUAGAAGUAAACAAUUUGGCAAAUGGAGAACAUUUCAUCAAUGUUCAAAAUAUUAAUCAAUAUUUAAGUUCCAAUGACUAUAUUGAAAAUUUUGAAUCCGAAAACUGCAUUCCAGUAUCUCAACAAAAUGGAGAUAGUAUGGUAGAGUUCAAAUGUGCAAAUGACUUUUUAGAUGAAUUUAAAUUACAAAUAAGAAAUACAGUGUCCUCUAUGAAGUAUGAUCUGGAUGUUAUAACAAAUAGAGUUGUUAAACUAGAACUGAAAUUAGAUGAGAUAAAAAAAAGAGAACAAAAUCAUUAUCAAGCCCCAUACUAUAAUUUAUGCCAGAUGGUGAUCCUAAUUGGAUGGCCCAUUAUUGUUCAGUUAAUAUUCAAUUGGUUCAAAAGGCGAAAUAGACAAAAAGCCUUAAACUGGUAUAUAUACUUGAAUCAAAACCUACCAUCAAAUUGUUGCAAAAGAAAAAUCUACAUUGAAAAAUAUGUGUUUUGCUCAAAUUCGAAUUUGCAAAAGUAUGAGGUAAGGCGUAGAGACGUAUUCCUCAACGGGCAACGAGUUCAAAAAAUAUUUUAAACAUCAAGAUCGCACUAAUCAAAAUUUCACUAUACUCUGCAUUACUCUACAAAUUGUUUCCCAAUUGAAGCAUCGCGACACUACUAAUAUACCAAAUGAAUCACUAUAAAUUAACUACCGUGGUCCGCGGGUCAUUAACGAAUAGCAUCAAUCACAGGAAGUUUGCGAGGUUAUACAGUUAUACAACUGCACCACGUACCGCAAAUGUGAUUGGAAAUUAAAAUUUCAUAGACGAACAGAAUUGCAGCCAAAUUAACCAAUUAAAAAAAAAAAAAACAACAAUUUAUAAUACACGAAGAAAUUAUCCAACGAUUUCAAAUACUUUUUUUUAUGGCUUUUAAACUAUUCAAAAAAAAAAAAAUGAAUACUAAAUUCAA